AUGUGGUCCCCUGAGGCGCUUCUGCCCACAGGUGAAUUCGGGUCACUUCUUGGCUACAUCACUAUGGCUGUCGCGUCGAUCGUCAAACACGUACCAAUCUACGGUCAUAUCAUCCGGCUCAUUGGUUCUCAAGACGCGUCUGGGGCGAAGCUGGUGACUGCUCUUACUCGCGACCGCCAAAAUAUUGUUCUUUCUCCCGGCGGCAUAGCGGAGAUGUACACAGUUAAUGAGAAGACUACAGGGGCAGACGUCGUACCGGUGUAUUGCUUUGGAAACUCGGAGACAUUUAAACUGGUGAAAGCAAGCGCAGUGCUGCAGCCCCUUGCAAGGUUCCUCCGGGUGGCCCUUCUGCUUUUCUAUGGUCGAUUCGGCUUACCCAUACCUUUCGAAGUGCCUCUGCUGUAUGUUAUCGGUCGUGCCCUGCGCCUCCCAAAAGUCGAAGAUCCCACAAACGAGUGGGACCGGCAAAAGAUGGCUAUGGAGAUAUCCAGCAUAUCUGUCGCCCGGACUAGUGCCGGGUCUGCUGCCGUCUUGAACUUGUUCCCUCAUCGAAACCGCCGAAUCAACCACUCCAGCGUGGAGUCGCUCGGCAACUGUAAUUACAAGCAACUUGCUCUUGUAUUUCAGCUCUUAACGUGCCAUGCCAUUGGCGGUUCGCCUCGCCUACCUAAGGUCUACUACGGAUUAUCAAGAGCAAAACUGCGGGAGGCCCUAACGAACAGCGGAGACAGCGUUGUUCUCGUUCCGGGAGGGAUAGCGGAAAUGUAUGCUAUCAACCCGAGUAAAGAGUGCCUACACUUGAAUGAACGGAAAGGCCUUUUGAAGCUUGCCCUCGAGACCGGUGCGGAGAUUGUCCCCAUCUACUGCUUCGGCAAUACUCAAACUUUCAAGCUUGCAAAGGGAUGCAGGACUCUUCAGCCGUUUGCAAGACUGUUUCGCAUUGCUCUACUUUUGUUUUAUGGGCGAUUCGGGCUGCCCGUCUCCUUUGAGGUACCUCUGCUGUACGUGAUUGGCAAGGCGUUACGGUUCCCCCAGAUCCAGCAGCCUUCAUCGCAGGACAUCGAAGCAGCACAAAAGCAAUAUCUGGCCGCAGUGCAGCGAAUUUUUAAUACGUACAAGGGUCUCUACGGAUGGCAGUAUAAAUCUCUGGAGAUAGUGUGA